AUGCAGCUCAGUUUACUUUAAACAGCGAUCAAAGACGGAAAGCCCAAAUUAAUAAAAUUUAUACAACACUUGGUUUUGCAUAAAAAUUUUAAAAUAAGUUUUGAUUUGAAAACAUAAAAAAGGAAAAUGCAACAAGUAAAAUUUUAUUUUAAUUUUUUAAAUCAGUCGAGUCGUGCAUUGUAUAUUUUAUUGGAAGCAUCGAAAAUACCUUUCGAAGCUAUACCUAUAUCAAUUCUUAAAGGUGAACAUUUAACUGGCGAAUUUCGUGAUAAAGUAAGUCAAUUUAAAUGCUUGCCCGUUAUAAACGAUGACAAUUUAUCUUUGGUUGGGAGUAUCACUAUAUUUCGACACCUAAAUCGAGAGAAAAUUGUCCCGGAGCACUGGUAUCCACGACGCAAUUAUGGUCGCAGUCGUGUCGAUGAAUUCCUUGAAUGGCAACAGCGCAAUAUUGGCAUGACAUCCGGCGACUACUUUAAACAAAAAUGGCUUUUGCCUAUUUUAAACAAGGCAUCUCCUGACGACAAGAAUGUCAGUGUUAUAACUGAAUGUCUAAAUCAAAAUUUGAAGAGCUUUGAAAACCACUUUCUUAAUAAAAACAAGUUCGUCAUUGGUGAAAAUAUUUCGUAUGCGGAUUUGAAGGCAAUUUGCGAUAUUGAUCAAUCAAAAUUCAUAGGAUUCGAUCCCUUUAAUCAUCAUCCAAAGUUGGGUAAAUGGUAUGACAGAGUAAGAGAAGAGUUGGGACCAUAUUAUAAGAAAGUAGCUAAUGAAUUUGAUAAUAAAUUACGAACUGCAGAAAAAAAGAUACCGGAAGUCAUGUAUCUUCAACAAUAAACAAUGUGUAUGUAACAUACAUACAUUCAAUAAUCUUUAAGUUAUUUACAUUUUGUUAAAUGAUAUUAGAUUUGUAUUUUAAUAUUUUUGGUUACAAUCCUGAUGCUAGUCGUCGAUCGACUUGUUAAUUUUGUCGUUAUUAUUAAUUAUAGGAACUAAGAAAUGAACAUUGAUACUUGUACUUUGAAUAACUAUAAGAAUUUUUAUACAUGUUGUUAAAUAUUAUAAAUUCGUAUUUAUCUGAAUAUUUUUAAAUGAAAAAUAUUAAUAUCUGAAUAUUUAACAAAACUCUGUCUAAUAUUAAUAACCUAAAUUUUGGCGAAUUUUGAUGACAUGUAACAGCAAAAAAAUCUGACUUCUGAGUUCAUUUUCAUGUAUGAUUUACAAAGAAGUAGUGUAGUGAAAUUGAAGGUUUAAAUUAUAACAGCCAGUGAUAGUUCAGCAACCAGCUCAUUAGUAACUGAUCACGAUUUCUAAUAAAAAAGAAUCGAAAAAACA